UUUGUUCUCUUUGAACUCUGGUAGUUCAAUAUUAACUUGUGGUAAGCGCAGCUUUCUGACUGAGUUGGUGAUAGACUGCAUGAGAUGCUUCACGUCCUUUUAGGAUUACAGCCUCAGCCGUCCGCAAAGAUGGGAGCAAAGCAAGCACCUUUACUGCUCUCUUUACUUCUUGGUCAAGUUCUCCAGCUCACUUUGUGUUAUGAUGUGUUUAUUGACAAUAAGGAGGCUUCUCAGAUCAUCCGAGCAAAAAGAGCUAACACAUUUCUCGAAGAGGUAAAGCCAGGGAAUCUGGAGAGAGAAUGUGUGGAAGAGAUAUGUGACCAUGAGGAAGCCCGAGAGGUGUUUGAGAGAGUUGAUAAAACGGAAAUCUUUUGGAAAAAAUAUUUAGACUGUAAAGGAACAACAUUACUUAGGACAAAAACAAAUGUUGACAGUUUGAGAACAUGCGUGGAGAAAGAGGAUGACUGCUACGUCGGUAUUGGUGAAAAUUACAGAGGCAUUGUGUCUGUCACCAAAUCUGGAAGAGAGUGCCAGUACUGGAAAAGCAACUUCCCCCACAGGAUUCAUGAAAUUAAUGUCACACAGCUGCAGCAAGCAGAGAUCAACUGCAAAAAUGUAGAUAAGAGCGGUAGUGGACCCUGUAGUGAAUUUAAUGUCAUGCAGCUACCAGGGAACCGCUGCAGAAAUCCAGAUAAGAGCAGCGGUGGACCCUGGUGUUAUACAAGAGAUCCCACGGUCAGGAGGGAGUUCUGCAGUGUGCCAAAAUGCGGUGAAACUGCUCCUCCUCCUCCUCAACCUCCUACAGUCAAGACUCAAGAUAGUUACGUUAAAAGUAACUGUCUACAUGGAAACGGGGAGGCCUAUUCGGGAGAUCUGUCCGUGUCUUUGGGCGGUCGCACUUGUCUGCAUUGGAACGCAGCAGAAGUGCAAGCCUUGCUAAAGGGGAAAGAUUUUCUGCCUCAAGUUCAGCUGGUAAAGAACCACUGUAGGAAUCCAGAUGGAGAUAUGGAUGGACCGUGGUGCUAUGUAAAGGAAGCAAGUGGAAACAUAACCAUUGAUUACUGUAACAUUGAGUUGUGUGAUGCUCCUCUGGACCAGUUUGUGGAGGAUGCAGGUGGUCGAGAGAGAACAACUCAAGAAGAGAGGAAAUCUUUCUUUAACCCUCGCACCUUUGGUAAUGGAGAGCAAGAUUGUGGAGUGCGCCCCUUAUAUGAGAAGAUCAAUAAAGAAGAUAAAAAUGAGAAGGAGCUAUUGAAGUCAUACACUGGAAGCAGAAUUGUGCGUGGAGAUGAAGCUGAAGUGGCCAGUGCUCCAUGGCAGGUAAUGCUGUAUAAGCGUAGUCCUCAAGAGCUGCUCUGUGGUGCCAGUCUAAUCAGUGAUGAAUGGAUUCUGACUGCAGCUCACUGCAUUCUUUACCCACCUUGGAACAAGAACUACACGACCAAUGAUAUCCUUGUUCGUCUUGGAAAACACUCUCGUACCAAGUAUGAGAAGGGCACUGAGAAGAUUGUGGCCAUUGAUGAAAUAAUUGUUCACCCUAAAUAUAACUGGAAGGAAAACCUGAACAGAGACAUUGCACUUCUGCACAUGAAGAAACCUGUAGCCUUUACUGCUGAAAUCCACCCCGUCUGUCUGCCUACCAAAAACAUUGCAAAAAAUUUGAUGUUUGCUGGCUACAAGGGGCGUGUAACCGGUUGGGGGAACCUCAAAGAAUCGUGGACCUCUAACCCCGGAAAUCUUCCACAAGUGCUGCAACAGAUUCACUUGCCGAUUGUGGAUCAAGACAUCUGUCGCAAUUCCACCUCUGUCAUAAUCACUGACAAUAUGUUCUGUGCUGGUUACAAGCCAGAAGACUCGGCUAGAGGUGACGCUUGUGAGGGAGACAGUGGUGGGCCUUUUGUGAUGAAGAGUCCUACAGAUAAACGCUGGUAUCAGGUUGGCAUCGUGUCAUGGGGUGAGGGUUGCGACCGUGAUGGCAAAUAUGGAUUCUACACACACCUGUUCCGUAUGCGUCGCUGGAUGAGAAAAGUCAUUGACAAAACAAGCUCAGCAGAUGAUGAAUGAUCCUCCAGCCUUUACACAGGGACCUUUACCACACAAGAACCACUUUGGUUAAAUUUGAUUCUGCAAAUUGAUUAUUAAAAUUCAUAGUUCUUUAUGUUGUA